UCCUCUCUUUAAAUUUCUCAAUUUUCUUAUAAUAAUUAUUAUUUUUUAUAAUAAUCAAAGAUGGAGAACAUGACAAGGGUGUUCAUUGCGGCAAUGAGUGUGUGCGUGCUGCUGCAAAGCCAAGUGGCACUGUCCACAAACUAUGUUGUCGGAGACAGUUCGGGUUGGUUCUUCGGCGUUUCGGCUUGGCCUAAUGGCAAAACCUUCAAGGCGGGUGACGUUCUUGAAUUCAAGUACGAUGUAACGAUGCACAGCGUGGUGGAGGUGGGCAAAAGCGAUUACGAGUCGUGCAAUAUCCCAAGCGAUGCGACGACUUACAAUUCGGGCGACGACAAAAUCACUCUCUCGAAUGGCACUUCUUAUUUCGUCUGUGGCUUCCCCGGCCAUUGCGCCGCCGGCAUGAAGAUAGCCAUUACGGCCAAUUAAUUAUGCCUCAUUAAUAAUUAUGUAUAAAACAAUAAAAUAAAAUGCCUUCGCUUUUUUAUUUCACAUAUUAUAUCAAUGAUGUGAAUUUGAAAGGAAAAUAUAGUGGAGUAAACGAGUGUAGAAUUGAAAAACAAAAGUUAUCUAAUAAUGAAUAUGAUCGGUAUUCUGUCUAA